AUGGCUUUCAACCCAAAGACUGCCUGUCAUUUAUGUCAUAGCCGUAAGGCUGUUAUGAAAAGACCAAAAACGCUUCAGAAACUAUGCAAGGAAUGCUUUUACAAUGUCUUUGAGACCGAAAUUCAUAAUACUAUCAUCAGCGCAAAUCUCUUUCACAAGGGGGAAAGAGUUGCCAUAGGUGCAUCCGGUGGUAAAGACAGCACUGUGCUUGCCCACAUUUUAAAAACGUUGAAUGAAAGGUAUGACUAUGGCUUGGAACUGGUUCUCUUGUCUAUCGAUGAAGGAAUCGUUGGCUAUCGAGAUGACAGUCUUGCCACUGUUAAAAGAAACAAAGAACAAUACCAGAUGCCGCUAGAGAUCGUAUCAUAUAAAGAACUCUAUUCUUGGUCUAUGGACGAAAUUGUGGCCUGUGCUGGGAUACGGAGUAGUUGUACCUAUUGUGGGGUUUUAAGAAGGCAAGCGCUAGAUAGGGGUGCUGCUAGGUUAGGUAUAGCACAUGUGGUCACUGGUCACAACGCGGACGAUAUGGCAGAGACAGUACUUAUGAAUCUUCUCAGAGGAGAUGUGAACAGAUUAGAGUCCAGCACCAACAUUAUUACACAGUCUUCGGGAUCUCCUAUCAAGAGAUCGAAACCAUUCAAGUACACAUACGAAAAGGAAAUUGUGCUUUAUGCACACUACAAAAAACUGGAUUAUUUCUCUACAGAAUGCACAUACGCUCCAGAAGCAUUUAGAGGAACGGCUAGAACUCUUUUGAAAUCGUUAGAAGCCAUUAAACCGUCCUGUAUAAUAGACAUCAUUCAAAGUGGAGAAAAUUUCAAACUUAAGCCCAAGAAACAGCGUAAGAACGUUGUCAAGAGAAACACUGCCCAAGAGAUUGAAGUGCGAGGAGAUGGCUCCGUUUCACUGAACAAAGAUGGCAAUAAGUGUGAAAGCUGUGGUUAUCUAUCUACAAACAAAAUUUGUAAAGCCUGCAUUUUACUAAAGGGCUUGGAGUCAUCCAGGGCUAAGGUACCUAUCGAAGGUGGUAAUAUAGCUAUCGAUGGGGCUGCCCAGGUGACGAAGAAGCUGGAAACUUUAAGCUUUUAA